UUAAAGUUCAAAAUGGGAAAUUUCCGGCAGAAAAUGCGAGUGGCUGGUUGCUCCGAGCUCAGAGUGAACGCACGUACCUCUGGAUCAACAAGUUCAAAAAGACUAAAGAGGGCCAGAAAGUCAGAAGUGAACUUCCUGCCAGAUUUUCCAGAAGGGAAAGCCCAAAGUGACCUUGAGACAGAGAGAUCUACCAUGGUCAGCGAGAUGAAGAAAAGAAAGGUUGAUUGGAACCAAAUUGGUGAGAUGAUGAGUAACACGUUCCCCUUACGGAGGAAAGAAAUUGUUGAGGAUGAACCCCUUGUGGAACAAGUGAAAGACAGGUGGCCAGCCUUGUUUGCUGAACGGCAGAUUGAAGCAGAAUUUGCUCGCCUUACAUCUGUUGAUCUGAAGGGCUCCUUCUUUGCUGGGCUGGACCAGUAUCUGGCAAGAUUCCUUGAGCUGUACAAAGCAAAAAGUGGCAUAGUGGGCCUGAACAGGUUGAUGAGAUGUCUCAAUGAUGAUAGCUCCACACACCGCAAGAGGACAGUUCUUCUGCUGGGCCUUCCUCACUUUCUCAAGGAGGAUCCGUCCGGUUUUUUUAAGACUGUCGAGGCCACAGAUGAAGAGGACACGUUCACAAAGGGGAUGAAAGUCGGUGUUGUGAUGGUGAAGGAUGGAGAAAAAAUCAUUGACACCGCUGUGGUCCUUGAGGAAGCAGUGAUCCUGUCUGAACUGAAGGACAUCCCACGUGCCAUUGCUUUGCUGAUGGGUCUGCUUUUUUCUCUAAACAUAGACUAUCCAAAGGAACUAAGGUACACAUUUGAGAUCAUUCAGAAAGUCCUGAUGAACAUCGGUGGAGGACAGUGUUCCUCACUUGUCCAUGGUUUCAGAAACCGACUCCUGCGGAAAACCAUGUGA